GUCCGUCGCCGGAGGCGCUCCGCAGCAUUUUGCUGUCGCUGGGAGUUGCGGCUGAAGAGCUCAAGGGACAGCCCUAUACCUGGCGAGGAGUCCGCAUCCGAAGCGACGGUUGUGUGAGGGAGCUGGAUCUAACUGGGAGGCCCAUCAGCGGCAGCUUGGACCCUCUCGCCAAUCUCACCAGCCUGGAGCGUCUAUAUCUCAAGAACACCGGUGUGACUGGAGGCCUGCAGGCCUUGGCAGAGAUGACCGAGCUGCGGCAGUUGCGGCUGCAGGGUACCAAGGUUUCUGGUGACCUGCAACCGCUCUUCAAGCUGACGAAGUUGAACGGGCUCUGGCUCGAGCACACCGGUGUGACUGGAGACUUGCAGCCUUUGGGCGACAUGACCGAGCUGCACCAGUUGCGGCUGCAUGGUACAAACGUGGCCGGUGACCUGCAGCCGCUCAUCAAGCUGACGAAGUUGAUGGAGCUCUUGCUCGAGAACACCGGUGUGACUGGAGGCUUGCAGGCCUUGAGCGACCUGAGCGAUCUGCGGAAGUUAUGGCUGGGUGGUACAAAAGUGGCUGGUGACCUGCAGACAAUCGCCAAGCUCACUAGGCUAAAUCUGCUUUUGCUCAAGAACACCGGUGUGACUGGAGGCUUGCAGGCCUUGGGCGACAUGACCGAGAUGCGGGAGUUGUGGCUGCAGGAUACCAAGGUUUCCGGUGACCUGCAACCGCUCUUCAAGCUGACGAAGUUGAAAGAGCUUUAUCUCCAGAACACCGUCGUGGACGGCGAUUUCGGCGAGCUCCUUCACCUGACAAACCUAAUGCAGGCCCCUGUAAGCUUAUCCCUGGCCCCACAUUUCGCAUUUUUUCACAUGUCGGAGGCCGAUCUGAGUGGCACGCGCGUGUCUGGGCGCCUGACGCCCGCCUGGCGGGGCCAACUCCUGCAGCUCCACACGCUCAGACUCAAGGGCAGCCAAGUGAACUUCCUGCCUGUCGGACGUGAUCUGGAAGACCUCCGGGCGACAUUCAUCACCGAGAAGACCCACCAGCUGCUUCCGGCCCUGGUGACCUUGGACGUGUCGCUGUGUCCGCUGGACGGCGAAGUAGAGGACCUGUUGGAGCCCCUGUCCUUCGCGGGACACUUGGCCUCUCUCCGUGCCAGCGGGGCGAACCUCUCCGGGCAUCUACAGAAGAACUGCUUGCGCGAGAUAUUCAUAGACGGCAAUCUCUUUGAUGACCAUUGCAGCAUCCCCUUGCAGAGCUCCUUGCAAGGCUUGGAGUUGGCAGACAACAAGAUCCAUCGCAUCGAAGGCAUCCCUGCCAACGUCUAC